AUGGAUUUUCAAUUCAACACAGAAGGAGCUGAAUGUGACAUUGAUGCCGAGAAUGAAUAUCAUUUGGAAAUUAAAAUUGAGUCUUUAACUUUAGUGAAUCAACAAAUUAAUGAAAUUCAGAUAAUUUUAAUCUUUGGUGACUCUGUUAACAAGAUGAAAGUUGAUGGCGACGAUGCAACUUUCGAUGGUAAAGUUCAUACCUACGUUGUUCAUUCGAAGCCUUCAAAAUUAGCUGAAAAACUUUUGAACUCCCCAAUAAUGAUUCAAAUCGUCGAAAUUGAAAGCUUGAAAUCGAUUGGUUUCUUGAUUCUUGAAGUCAACGAAUGCUUUGCAAAUGCUGUUAAAUGCAGUGACUUUUGCUCAGAAUCAAUUAGAAAAUCUUUGGACCUGACACAAGACGAUACUGAAGGAAAACUCGUGAUAAGCUUCAGCGUUAGAAGAGACAUCGGAAACAGCAAUCGACAUCGCGAGUUUUACACUGAAUCGACUAAGGAAACGAUGAAACUUGCAAAUAUGCAAAGAGAAGAGUCAAGAAUGGUUACUGACGCAGUUCCUGAUGAUUCCGCUGAAUAAAUUGCCCGUUUGAAUAAAUGUUUUGGCAUCAUGCCAUGGGAUAAAAGCAAAAGUAUGAGAAGAAACAUUAAAUGUUCUAAAUUUCAGUAAAUUCUCUUAUUAUAGAGCAAAGUAUUGCAAGUUCUUUAACAGAAAAUAAUAACACGAUCAUGUUCUUUAAAAACAUUUCAAAUGAAAUACAAAAAUCUGUUUUGAAG